CUUUUGCACAGCACGAGCUGUUUAGAUCAACACUCAUAAAUACUGAAUAAAUCAAUCAAUCAAUAAAUUAACAGCAUUGAUCAAGUAUAAAAACCAUAGGCGAAAAUAAAAACCAUUAGCACGUGCCGAUUUGCCCUGUUGGAGAGACAGAUUCCUAAGGACAACGUUAUUGUACAAGCAGAUCGUGACAUGGAACGUCAACAGCAGCCAAGUGUGGAAAGCUUCAGAGAAAGGCACCAGCAACCAAGUGUAGCAAGUGAAGAGCGACCGUUAGAUUUCCACCAGGUUCCUAUUAUGGCUUCUCCCAGUAGAAAGACAACUUCCAUUGACAUCACCCAGAGCAGAUUGUAUCCUAGCAACCAAAGUCAAUCCAGUAGCCAUGGCAACUGCAAAAGUCGGGCUAAAGAGCUAGAACAAGGUGAAGAGACAAUGCUAGAUACCACACUUCCAGAAGUCAACCGCACCCCCUCCCCAUAUUACCAUGACGAUGCUGAUGACGAUGUGUUUGUUACCACGGAUACCAGACAUCUGUUGUCUCCUCCAACACGGGAUGUCAUCCCAAGCCCAAUGACCAGUACCCCAAGAGUUACCAGAAUCCCACAGUACCCACACAACUCUAGUUACACCUAUGCUGCCUUAGACUCCGGACUGUCUCAGCCAAGCCUUCCACAUUACAAGCCAAAUAAAUCUUCUACCAACAAUAUGAGUAGCUCUGUUAGCAGCAAGAGGUACAGACAGAGACGUAUGUUCACCACUGAUCAGCUCCUCCUUUUGGAGGAUAACUUUGAAACGAUGCCCUACCCUAAAAAUGCAGAUUUUGCUCACUUGGAAGACUUGACUGGGAUAGAUGGCAGUAGUCUAAGGAUUUGGUUUCAAAAUCGUCGUGUAAAAGCUCGUAAAAAUGGACAAACUGGAAUUCGUAGCACAGUAGGACGUCCUUGUAAGCAGGUCCCCUCCAAUGUGCCAGGAAUGACUACAUAUGAACAAAUGACCCAAAUCAAACUACCUCCAAACCACCCAUUCUGUGUCAUUGAUGGCAGUGAGAGCAUGUCGACUAGCAAUGAUGAGACUUGUUCAUUGUCUCCUAAUGACUCGGUGGAGGUUAGAUCAAUGGAGGUCAUCAAAAAGCAGAAAACACAAUGGGUUGGUGAUCAUGAAUUCAUUGCUAAAGACCGUCGGCUACAUAGCAUCGAGAACAGAAUGUCAGACAUUUUCCCAACGAUGACAUCAUCACCAAUCAUUUCCGGCAAUUCUAUGAUGCCAUUUCCCUUCCCACUUAUGGGAGUUCCAGAUCACCAUGCAUUGAAAGGCAACGUUGCCAUGACACCCACAAGCUCAGAGCAGCCAUUGGACCUUAGCGUAAAAACAUCAAGCCCCCGUCCAGGCAUCCAACGACCUUGGGAGGAUGCCCCAAAGAAAAGUAGUCCCUCCAGCAGUAAUCCAACAACCCCAAGCUUUGCAUAUUCCUCUAACCCAACAUUAGUGUCGUUAAUGCAGUAUCAAUAUGCCACUGCCAUGCACUAUGCCAAUAUUGUACAACAUGCAUCCAUCCAAAGAUCAAGUCAUCAUUAGACUAUAGGCCAAGCUGUAUUGAUGUCUACAACAAUCCAUAAUGUCCGGGUAACACAAAAAAAUUAACAUUUUUUGUCACCCUGUAUAUUGGACAAUACAUAUAUAGUGUAUCAUACUUAUUGCCAUAGUAAUUAUUAAGUAGCCACGUGGACUAUAUUUCAUUGGGUUUCGAAGAAGUUACAAUACUUCGAUAGAUACUAGAGUGUUAAUUCCAUCAAUUAAUUGAUUAAUUGUUCCACAUUAUAAAGAAGACAACUGCCAGUGUAAAUAUGAUUAAAAUUACUGUAAUAUUUAGUAGUUUAGUACAAUCUUCAGUAUAAUUAAGAACGCAACUGCCAGUGUAAUACAAGUCUUGUAUAAUGAUAAUCAUUUGUUUAAUAUUUAGUUCAAUCUUCAGUGUAAUUAAGAAC